CAACGGUGACGAGGUAUGCGCCCCGUCAGGAUGUAUCUCCGGAUCUUCCUCAUCUCUUCCAAUACCGGAACGUCUCUCAUCCCCGGCACCUACUCUCUCUCCAACCUCAGACCCACCUCACCGCUCCAUGCGAACAUCACCACCUCGCCCCAGUUGACCGUUUCGCCCCCGCUGACGCCGGUGGCGUUCACCGGCGUAAACUAUUACGGCCAAGCGUCGAUCCUCAGCAACACCUCCAGAUCGCCGGGAGCUUGGAGGUCUGCCUUCCUCCCUGACGGGUGGUACGCGCUCUCCGGCCCCGGCCAGGCGGCGUGGGGUUCGAUACCUGAUCGGUCGCAGCUGCCUGGUGGCGGCGGGAUCCAGUCGUUUGGUUCUGCCAUGUGCGACCCACCUUGCGCGUCCGGUGGUAUCUGUGGCUCUAGCAUAAACGGCGCCGCAACAUGCUCCUGCUCGCCUGGGUUCACUGGUGCGGCGUGUGACACAUGUUCACCUGGCUUCUUUGGUUCAGCUUGCUCGCCUUGUACGACCAGCUGUGCGCACUGCCACGAUGGUCUACAGGGCAGUGGGGCAUGUCUCGGCACAUCAACGACGCCCUUACAAGAGUGCAAUUGUGCCCAUGGAACCUGCCUCUCUAGCAGCAGUUGUGACUGUGCUGCUGGAUGGUCGUCGUCCGCCAACUCGACUCAGAAGUGCAAUACCUGUGCCACUGGAUUCUACCAGGACGCCAGUGGAAGCUGCCUCGCCUGCCCACUUUCUUGCACGGCGUGCUCCCUCCAGGCGGGGUCAAACAUGCCGACGUGCACCUCCUGCGUCAGCAGCUUCACUUUAGCGACAACCAUUCCGGCAACAUGCAACCCUUCGCCCUUGUGCACUGGCGGGCAAUACUGGAACACGACCAGUAGCUCGUGUGGAAGCUGUUCUCCCCAUUGUUCCUCCUGCACUGGGCCACUGCCGAGCGACUGCCUCACCUGCUCCGACCCUCGAGUCAGACUCCAUGGUGACUGCGUCGCAUAUGACUCGAGUAGUGGCAUUUGUGACUCGCGCCUGAGCGGCUUGAAUGGGACGUAUGUCGUCGACAACGCGCAAGGAGCGUGCAACUCUUGUCCUGGCGGGUGCAAGGACUGCCACAUUCCGGGCUACUCGCCACAGUCGACCUAUGCUUCACUCGUCUGCACCACUUGUCAGGACGGCUGGCUCCUCGAGGGAAACAAGUGUGUUGAGACUUGCUCGGAUGGGUACUUCGCCCCACAAGGGUUAGGAAAGACCGGCACUUGUCAAGCCUGUGACUCGACCUGUCGAACGUGUGCUGGCUCUGCAACCAGUUGCAUAGCCUGCAAUGCAGGCUUUGCGUCCAACGGAGCCAACGCGAUCGCAGGAAAUGGCACCUGUACACUAUGCCACCCCGACUGUGCGACCUGUACCGCUGCCUCGGCAGGUGCGUGCAAGACCUGCCCUUCAUCACGACCCGUCCUCUCGAACGGCCGUUGUCUUCCUUACUGCCCCAAGGGCCUGUACUGGAACGCCGGGUCGGGUCUGUGCACGGCAUGCGACGCGUCGUGUAGCUCGUGCCAGUCGUCUGGCGGUACCUCCUGCACUGGCUGUCACGACGGCUACAUCUUAUCGUCUGGAACCUGCACGCCGGCAACCUGUGUGGGCCCCUUUGCGCAAGGCCUCGGCAUCUGCCUCUCCUCGCUGGUCGACACGAACCAUGGCAAGUUUGCCCUCUUCGCCCUCUUGCUGCUCAUCCCCCUCCUCGCCAUCCCGUUCAUAUGGUGCAUCCGACGUGAACGAGCAAAGACACGAGCAGCUACGGCAAACUUUGCCGCAAAGCUGGACGAGCGCGCCGUCGGCCGGACUGAGCGCCUUCGCGCUCAGUGGAGAGGUACCCAGUUCUUCAGCCGGUUCUGGGGCGACGGAAACGGCGACGACCCGGAAGCGAGGCGCAAAUCGAAACUCAAGGAGCUGAUCCUCAAGCCCAAGUUCAAGGGCGACAACAUUGAGCUUAAGGCAAAGGUUGGCGCGCCGCAGCAGCACGAGACGUGGUUCUACCCGUCUCCACCUUGA